UGAUUUCUCCUUGUGUUUCUGUAAGGGAUAAACCAGAAUUUCUCAAAAACUUUGGUUCUCCUUGAGAUGCUCCAUUGGAUUUCUUCUUUGUGAGAGCAUUUGGCUGUACUCUUACCUAUGCGACACCCCAAUUUUUACAAAAAUGUCCUCCGUCAUCCCCGGCUUGGCCCCUUAUUUGACGGCUUCUCACUGAACUCUCAGUGUGGAUUUCUAGCUUCAGUACACGGUGCCAGUGGGGAAUAUUCUUGGAACCCAUGGUAGCUUUUGAGAUCUGUAUCAAGAGAUCCCCGCACCAAGGCCUGCUGCCUAUGGAAUGUGCAGCUCACCCAUUAUUCCAGAUCAUGGGCUCCGGAAACUGAAUGCAGAAUAGUUCAGACCAUUUGCUUCAAAGAUGGGGAUUCAGAGUUUACAUCUCAUCCCAGUUGGUUCUAUGGCUUCAAGAAGGUGAUGUGCUCUGAAUGAGCUCAAGUUUUCCCUUGACUAAAGCCACAUAAGGUAGCACUGUACACAAGCAGCCACCAUCAGCUGUAUUUAGGGGCAUUUGGUGAAACAGCUCUGUGUAUAAACUUGUAUUUAAUGAAGAAUAUUCUCAUCAAUAUUUCCUAACAGCAUUCUCUCCUCUGGGUCCCAGCGUAGGAUUUUCUCUCUUUCCAGGGCCUUCUCUUGGUGCUCAUUGUACUCUGUUAGAAACUGAAUCUUGUAACAAAACAUAUUUCUUAUCUUCAAAUAACUGAAAAGCGUUUGACCAAACUUGUGGCCAACCACUUGUGACUGUAUACGACUUCGUAACGCCAAUUAUAUGAUCUUUAAAAAUGCUUGAUCCCAUCUCAUAUUCUUUUCUGUCAUAUUGUUCUUCUUAUAUUAGUUUAUUUUAUCUUGCUAUAUCACAUCUCCCUUUGUGAAGUGCUUUCUAUCAUAACUCCUGGGUAGGAAUUUUUAUUUUUUCCCAAUUACUAUGGAUGUGUAUAUGUGGAGGGAAAGAAUUAAAUGCUUCUUCUUUCUUUCUAGUGAGAUGGAGUUUUUAUAACCACUUGGAUCCCCUAUUGCCUUUCAAAGGAAGCAAAUCCAAUGGGAAGCACCUGGAAGACUGCCGCUUCUCUGUGAUUCUAGGACAUAGUUUAAACGUGAUGGUUCCAAUACCUCAGCCAUUUCUAGGAACAGCAGUAAAUGCUCUCUUGUCUUUUCUCCUUAAAGGAAAACUGUCCCUUAGGGGAAGCACCAGGUGUUGUGUGGGAAGGAUGCAAUUGUGUACUGACAUCUUCAGGAGAAGAAAAGCCAGUGAUACCAUCUUAGAACUGUAACUAGAAACGUGCAUGCUUAAGGUAAGCCCCCGCGGAGAGCUGAGAACCCACUCAAGGUAUCCAGACCACCCCUGGAAGGACGUGGGUAGGGGGUAGCUCGAGGAAUGCUUCCAGGAGAGUUCCUUGGUAAACUUGAUCCACUCGGGAAACGCAUUUCAGGAAGCAGGGCCAGUACCGCGGACAGCACCAGGACCCCCGCCCGGGUCGGGGGAGGCAGCAGCACCACGGACAGCACCACCGUGAGCGAGCACUGCGCGCGCUCUGGGCGGAGGGGCGGGGAUAGGCGACCUUAUCAGCUGAUGCCUUACGUAGGCUGGAUCCCCACUUUGAGAAGGCAGGUCCGGAUGGGCGCGCCAGCGUUCGCCCCAAAGCCGCGGCCCCAGACGGCGUGGCGCUGGGGCUGGGGGGAUAGCAGGAGGCAGAUCGCAGAAAAAAGGUCCCUGCCUGGCUUCCCCGGCACGGGGUUGAGGCUGCAGCCUGCUGCCUGGAGAGAGGGGCGAGUAGGGAGGCAACGCGCAGCGAAAGUACUGCUCUGACGCACCAGCACCCCCUCCGGCACCCACAGGCCCCGGGGGCGCCCAGCUGCCCCCCGACUUGGGAGAUGCUCAGCUCUGGGUGACCAGACUGCUGUCUGUGCCGGGGGAAAAGCCUGGGCAUGUGACAGCUUAGGAGGGCCCUGGCUGCGCUGCGAGACGCAGCCCAGCACCCUCCUCUCAGCCACACCAUCUCCCGCGUAUGCUCACUGGCAGGAGGUUUCGUCAACAAUCCCCAGAAACCCCGCCACCAGCCAGAGGUCGCAAAUAUCCCGAGUGGCUCCGGGCGCAGGGGCCACGACUGUGGUCCCGAACGCCCCUUCCGCACGCACCCCGGGCCAGUCUCCUGACCCAGCGAUGGAUUCACCUGUGAAUCUAACCUACUGUUUUCUCUCCACCCCCGCCCCUUCGGAGACCAACCGCAGCAGUCUUGACGCCGAAGACCCGCGCCCCAGCCCGCCCCUCCACUCCGUCUUCGGUGUGCUUGUUCUGACCUUGCUGGGCUUUCUGGUGGCUGCGACGUUCUCCUGGAACCUCCUGGUACUGGCGACCAUCCUCCGUGUGCGCACCUUCCACCGGGUUCCGCACAACUUAGUGGCAUCCAUGGCCAUCUCGGACGUGCUCGUGGCGGCUCUGGUCAUGCCGCUGAGCCUGGUGCAUGAGUUGUCCGGCCGGCGCUGGCAGCUGGGUCGGCGGCUGUGCCAGCUGUGGAUCGCGUGCGACGUGCUCUGCUGCACCGCCAGCAUCUGGAAUGUGACAGCCAUCGCGCUGGACCGCUAUUGGUCCAUCGCGCGGCACCUGGAAUACACACCCCGUGCCCGCAAGCGCAUCUCCAAUGUUAUGAUCGUGCUCACCUGGGCGCUCUCCGCUGUGAUCUCCCUGGCGCCGCUGCUCUUCGGCUGGGGGGAGACAUACUCCGAGGGCAGCGAGGAGUGCCAGGUGAGCCGCGAGCCCUCCUACACCGUGUUCUCCACCGUGGGCGCCUUCUACCUGCCGCUCUGCGUGGUGCUCUUCGUGUACUGGAAGGUCUACAAGGCCGCCAGGCUCCGCGUGGGCUCCAGGAAGACCAACAGCGUCUCACCCUGGCCGGAGGCUGUGGAGGCUGUCUUUUUGUCAGAUAUUCCUUAUUUCAAUUCCCCAAAGAUGGAAGUAAAAGGACUGGAAUGGAGGGAAGAGCCCCUUUCCCAGAAAUCCCACGUCUCUGGAGAAGGGACUGGAAUGUGGACAGCUCAGUUCUGUGGAAACCUGCCCACAGGGGACCUGGGAGCACCCAAAUGGGGAGAACCUAAGAGUCUGGAGUCUGUUUUCCACGAAAGUUGGGGAAAGGAAAGGACACAGAAUAAGCCCGGAAGGAGAUCAGUGUCCUGGCGAAGACCUCUGCGCAGCAGCCCCAGAUGGUGUUCACCGUCCGCCACACCACCGUCACCUUCCAGACAGAAGGGGACACGUGGAGGGAACAGAAGGAGCAGAAAGCUGCCCUGAUGGUGGGCAUCCUCAUCGGGGUGUUUGCACUCUGCUGGCUGCCCUUCUUCACCACGGAGCUCAUCGGCCCUCUUUGCUCCUACGACAUCCCCGCCGUCUGGAAGAGCAUCUUCCUUU